AAACAAUAUGAUGCUAUCAGUGUAGAUAAACUUUCCCGUGAAUUGUUCCGAUCGUAAUAGAUUAUUUUGUCGAGUAUAUCGCUCCGAUAAUUGCUAUUAAAGCGAUUGAGUUGAAUAAACAUUUAAUUUAAGCUACUGUAAAGUAAAUUGCUUUCAACAGAGGCGUUAUAAAAGAGAUUUAAUUGUUCUCUCGUCUUUAAAGCAUUGUUAUUCAGUAUUAUUCAGUAUUAUUCAGUUUCAGAGGGAAGUGUAUAUGCGCAGGAGAAAAAAUGGACAAUACCAAAGAAAUUAACAAUCCCAAUCCUAGGGACAAUUGCAACAUAUUUUCUAUAUUAUUUUUCGGGUUCGACUUUUUUAUUAAAUAAAAAAAAUCGAGCGGGAUUUGAAUGGAACUUACCACAAACAAAUGUUUAUGUUACUAAAAUCAAUGGAAUAAUAUGCCAAAGAAAUUGUACUUUAGCUUUAAAUCGUAAGGACUAUAUCAGUAAUAAUCGUAUAGGACACUCAUGCAGAAUGUUAAAAAAAUUAACAAUUGCAGUAAGUAUAUUGUUGUAUUUAAAUUCGCAUUCUGCGUGUGCAUGUUCCUUUCGAAUUUUCGUUUUAGAUGAAGAACUUAUAGAGAUUUUCAAACAUGUUUUAUGCGCGAAUCCCCUUUUUCGUUUUGCAGAUUCACUUUUCCCAUAUUCAAGAAAGGCAUGAAAAAGGAUUUCGAGUACGAGGACCUCUACAAUACGUUAAAAAAAGACAGGAGCACCGUGUUGGGCGACAAAUUAGAAAGUAACUGGAAGAUCCAAAAUUCGAAAACCGAUCGAAAACGAAGCCUACUGAAAGCCUUGUGGCACUCUUAUCGUUCGGAAUACCUCAGCUUGGGAUUGAUGACUUUCUUCGGAGAUGUUGUCAUUAAAAUCAGCCAGCCCUACGUCCUGGGCCUGCUGUUGAACUAUUACAAUUCGGACUCCUCCAUCACCAAAGACAGAGCCUUCGCAUACGCGGGAUUAAUCGUCCUUUUAAACACCUUAACUUCUUUUAUGAAGAACCAAUACACCAUGUAUUCCAUGCACACCGGCAUGAGAGCCAGGGCUUCCGUAACCGCCUUGAUCUACAGAAAAGCUUUGAAAUUGAGCCAAACGGCCAUAGGGAAAAACUCCAUUGGAAAAAUCGUGAAUUUAAUCUCGAACGAUGUCAGUCGAUUCGAUACAGCAUCGACUUUAAUACACCAGUUGUGGGUAGGACCCUUAUCAGCCCUUAUCAUCAUGUUUAUUAUCUACCAAGACAUCGGCUGGUCCGGUGCACCGGGAGUUCUAACUAUACUCGUUAUAAUGCCCUUACAAAUAUACAUCGGAAAACUCUCGGCCAAAUACAGGAGAAUAACAGCCAUGAAAACCGACGAAAGGAUCAGGCUAAUGGACGAGGUGAUAGGCGGAGUACAAGUGAUCAAAAUGUACGCCUGGGAGAAGCCCUUCGAGAAGCUGAUAGCAGCAGCCAGAAGGGCGGAAUUGAACAUCAUCAAAAGGGGCCAGUACGUGAGGGGAUUCUUCAUGGCUUGUAAUUUGUUCAACAACAGAUUCGCUUUGUUCGUCACUUUGAUCACGAUGGUGUUCACCGGAAAGGCCAUCACCGCUUCCAGGGUGUACGUGUUCAUGUCGUACUAUCAAAUCCUCGCCCAAACUCUAGCCGGCGUUUUCGUCUCGGGGAUCACCCAAUUCGCCGAGCUCCUGGUCUCCAUCGGAAGGAUCCAGAACUUCCUGGAAAACGAGGAGUACCGAAGCCAGCGGGUGCUCAACAAGCGUUCCUCGAACCCUGAAGAUGAUGUUUUGGUACUAAAAAACGUAACUGCUACUUACGAUAGAAAUUCGAGCGAUGAAAUACUGAAAAAUAUCAACGUUAAAGCUACAAAAGACUCGUUAAUCGGAAUUAUCGGGCCAGUUGGAAGCGGGAAAAGCUCGUUAUUGCAAACUAUUUUAGGCGAGCUGGAUAUACUCGAAGGUUCUGUGACAGUCAACGGGACUGUAUCCUAUAUAUCUCAGGAACCCUGGAUAUUUUCCGCCAGCAUCAGGCAAAACAUCCUUUUCGGCUCUAAAUACGAUAAAUCCAGAUACGAUGAGGUGUUGAGGGUUUGCGCUUUAGAGACGGAUUUGAAGCAAUUUCCAGAUAGAGACUUGACGCUCAUAGGCGAAAAGGGAGCGAAUUUGAGCGGAGGACAAAAGGCUAGAGUCAGUCUAGCCAGAGGUAUAUACAAAGAUGCCGAUAUUUAUCUACUAGAUGAUCCUCUAUCAGCAGUCGAUAUACUAGUUUCCAAAGUUUUAUACGAUGAUUGCAUAAAGGGAUUUCUGAAGGAGAAAGUUAGAGUACUGGUUACCCAUCAAGUUCACUAUCUAACCAAUGCUAAUCGAGUUUUAGUACUGAAUCAUGGUAAUAUCGAAAUCGAAGGAUCUUACUCCGAAUUGGUAAAAUCCGAUAAUCCUUUAACCGUGCACCUUCGUGAAGAAGCAGCGGAAUUGAUCAAACGCCAAUUAUCACUCACCGAAUCUUUAGAAGAAGAAUCCAGCAAAUUGAAAUCGAACAAAGAAGACGAAUUGGAGAAGAAUAUAAACGAUAAAAUGCAGGAGAAAACCUCCAAAGGCACGGUCGAAGGAUCGCUAUUGCUCCGCUACUUCCAAUCCGGCAUGAGCUUAGCAGAAAUCAUCUUCCUAGGAGUACUCCUGGUAGUCGCUCAAAGCGCUGCUACCGUAAACGAUUGGUUCAUCAGUUUCUGGACUAACAUAGAAGAAAGCCGAUCGGUUAAUUCUACGAUAACAUCAGAACAACCGUUUUACAUGUCGUGGUCGAGCAACACUUGCCUCGCUUUGUACGGAGCGGUGCUGGUUUUUUGUCUAGUAACAACCAUAUCGAGAUCGCUGCUGUUCUUCAAAUUCGUCAUGUCCUGCGCCGAAUCCUUGCACUUGAUGCUGUACAAAGGAGUGACGGGGGCUUACAUGAGAUUCUUCGAUCAGAAUCCGAGCGGGAGGAUCCUGAAUAGGUUCUCGAAGGACAUGGGAAACGUCGAUGAAAGUCUACCUAUGCUGUUGUUUAAUUGUUCAAGGAUGUUUCUUAAGAUGCUCGGCCACGUCCUGCUCGUGAUCUACAUUAGUCCUUACACUAUAAUCGUGAUGGUUUUUCUUAGCAUCGUAUUCUCCAUUUUAAGGAGCAUUUAUUUGAGAUCUUCCACUAACAUCAAAAGGCUCGAAGGACGAACGAAGAGUCCUGUGUUCAACCACCUAAUGGCGAGCCUGCAAGGUUUGACGACGAUAAGAGCCUUUAGAGCCGAAGAGGUCCUUCGGGCCGAGUUCGACAAGCACCAGGACUUCCACUCGAGCUCCUGGUUCAUGUUCAUCAGCACCAGCUCGGCGUUCGGUUUCGCGCUGGACUUUAUCUGUUUGGUCUUCAUCAGUUCGAUCACGUUCGGUUUGAUCGCACUGGGAGAUUAUUUUGGACUAACAGGAAGCGACGUAGGUUUGGCUAUUAACCAAGCAUCGGCGUUGACUGCGAACAUCCAGUUUCUGGUGAGGUUCUCCGCCGAUGUAUCGAACCAAUUGAUGUCCGUGGAAAGGGUGUUGGAAUAUAACGAAUUAGAGCCCGAAUUGCAGCCUGUGAAUCCACUCACACCUGUCAAAGGAUGGCCCGAUAGAGGCAACAUUAAAAUCGACAAUUUAAGUAUGAAAUACAUGGAGGAUGGACCUGUUGUCUUAAACGAUAUAAGUAUAGAUAUAAAACCCAAUGAAAAGGUUGGAGUUGUAGGUAGAACGGGCGCUGGAAAAUCCUCUCUCAUAGGCGCUCUGUUCCGAUUAGUGAAAACCGAAGGGAAAAUCCGAAUCGAUGGCAUCGAUACUCGCGAAAUAAGCCUGGAGAAACUCCGGUCGAACAUUUCGAUCAUACCUCAAGAUCCGAUCCUGUUCUCCGGCACUCUGAGGUACAACUUGGACCCGUUCGACGAGUUCAAAGACGACCUGCUGUACAAAACGUUGGACGAAGUGGAACUGAAAGACCCGAAUAACGUGGUAAAUCGCCUGGAAAACCGCGUUAUGGACAGAGGUUUGAACUACAGCGUAGGUCAAAGACAACUGAUUUGUUUGGCUAGAGCUAUCAUCAGGAAUAACAAGAUUUUAGUGCUGGAUGAAGCUACAGCCAACGUAGAUCCACAGACUGAUGCUUUAAUACAGAAGACCAUAAGGGAGAAAUUCUCGGAUUGCACGGUUCUAACAGUGGCCCAUCGUCUCCACACGAUCAUAGACUCGGACAAAGUUCUGGUGCUGGAUAACGGAGAAGUUAAAGAGUUCGAUCAUCCUCACGUUCUACUCCAGAACAAGUACGGUGCUUUCAGGAAAAUGGUCGAAGAGACGGGUCAUUCCACGUUGAAAUUGUUCCAGGAAACUUGCAGAUUAAAUUACGAAUCGAAAGGACAUUAGUUGGUUAAAAAUGUUUGUGUCUUUGUAGUAUUAAUCGCAUAGGGACUUUUGUUUUAGUGUACUUUGCAUAUGAGUUGACUAAGUACCUAUCAGAUACAAGGCCAUUCAUAUUACUAAAAUUCAUUAUAAAGUGUAUUGAAUUUUUUUAGAGAAUAAAGGAGGAACACAAAACAAACGAGACUAAUUAAAAAAAAAUUACAUUUCGUUAAAAAUACAAUUAUUAAAAAAGCAUUUUUUUGCGUACGAGUUAAACAAUAAAUUGGUCCGAAACCAUCAACAAAACAAUUAUUUCAACCGAAACUUUGUACAAAUGAAACGAAAUACACUAUUUCACCUAAAACUACACAUUUUUUUCGCCGCUACGAAAGAAAUAGGAAAUUAACAAAAACCACUAAAAACAAUUUUAGUUCACACAAAGUGGUGAUUUUUCACAAAAACACACUCGUUACAUCCCUUUAAAAAUUUAAACAAACAUCUACACACUUAAUUAAAACCCUCUGAAAAACCCGUAUCAAUUUGUAUUACUCACUACAAACACAAUCCAAUUGAAAACACUAUAAAAUCCUGCGAUAGAAAAGAGCGGCAUCUUGUGAACAAUCACCACGUUAAACAAAGCAUCAAAUCAAUGAAUAUCACAGAUAAAUAAAAAAUUCAACUAACUAAAAACACAGUGAGUAUACAAGGAAUGUGAAAACUUUACAGGGAAACAUCACCGUACUGUAAAGACCACUUUUCGUAAGCUACAAGGCUCUGAGGUGACACGCUACGUCUGAUGCGCUUCAACGAAUCCAAGAAAUCGUUAAUAGUAAUCCCACGCACCGCGCUUGGGUCCAUUUGCUUCACUUGUUCCGGUUGUAACUCUAAAAAAACACACUAUUUAGAGAAUAAUCUUAAAAAUACAAUCGAAAUACAGUCGGUGCAAAACAAAUAUACGUCACUCCUGUCGUCAUACUUGCUAAGCAUUGUGACCAACUUUUAAAAAUAAUACACAAAAUAGAUAUAAAAAUAGAUAGAAGCUUAAUCAAGUCAAGUUGUAUAGUAAUUUUCAAUUUCUUCUUGUUUUUUCUAUAAGUUUACUAGCUUCCUAAAGGCCAUUCAGCCGAAUAGUCAAGAAAUAAGAAUUUUUUGCGUAGUUAUAUUUUCCACAUGUUAGAAAUGACACAAUUUGAGCUCUAAAUAAUUCAGAUUCAGAAGUUUUCUUAGAAAUUUCACUAUGUACUCUUUUAAGGGUCAAUUGUCAUUUUGCCAUUUGACAAUUUUAGAAAAUUCUUAGAUUUUGUAAACUCUGAUUUUUGUAACUCAUUGAUAUUUGUUUUACAUCGACAAUAUUUACCUCUUAUGGGGCCCAAAGCGGCAUCCUUAGCUAAAGCUGUUAAAUCGCUACCGGAAUAACCAUCGGUUAACGUAGACAAUCGUUUCAAUUCCUGUUGCGUCAAAGUACAACCCUGUUUCUCCAACAAUUUCUUCAACAACUUCGCUCUAGUUUCUAAAUUCGGUAAACUCACGUACACCCUUUUAGGGAAUCGUCUCAAAGCCGCCUCGUCCAAUUCCUGAGGUCUAUUCGUAGCCGCCAUUACUAAUACCUGAAGAACAAAAUAUGCUUAUAAACUCUUAUAAUAUACUCUAAUAACAUACUUUUUCGCUUUCCGGAUUGCUCGGCAACCCGUCGAAUUCGACCAGAAACUCCGUUUUCAAUCUACGACUGGCCUCGUGUUCGUUAUUCGAUCUCUCCGACAACAACGAAUCCACCUCAUCGAUAAAUAUAAUAGAAGGCUGCAGCUCCCUGGCAAUGGCGAACAACGCCCGCACCAUUUUCUCGCCGUCUCCCACGUAUUUAGAAGUCAAACUAGCAGCGCUUAUCGAAAAAAAUGUCGCCUGAAAUACGAAUUAUUAUUACACAUCAAACUUAACAAAUAA